CAUGGUAAACUCAAGGAAAUGAAGUGUUGUGUCAAUUGUCCAACAAGAAAAGGCUUUCAAAUCCACUUAAGUCAUUUUUCUACUUUAUUUCUUAGCCUCAUUGGCUGAUCUUUCCAAGCUUUGACCUCAACCUUAUAUUAAGCCACAAAACAACAGAGACCCUCCCUAAAUUAUGCAGCUUUUGUUCUUCAAACAUCUUUCAAAAGCAGCUCUAUUUGAUAUGGGUAAUUGCUGGGUAUCUUUUCCCAAUGAGGCUAAUCCUACAACUACCAGCAACACCUCCAUCAACAAUCCUACAACCCCAGGGGUGUCAAAUUAUAGCCAUACUACAGUGAUAUCAGCCACUAGUAGUAGUGCAGGCAAAAGUCAAUUUUCUGUGGAUGCUAGUGAAGGUGGAGGAGAGGAGGUAAAUGCAAAUGGGCAAAAUUUGGAGACACCAAACUUGAAAGAGUUCAGUUUUGCAGAUUUGAAGCUUGCAACUAAGAACUUCAAGUCAGAUACUUUGUUAGGGGAGGGUGGUUUUGGGAAAGUUUACAAAGGUUGGAUAGAUGAGAAGACAUUUGCUCCUUCUAAAAGUGGUAUUGGAAUGGUGGUUGCCAUCAAGAAAUUGAACCCAGAAAGUAUGCAAGGGCUUCAAGAAUGGCAGUCAGAGGUUAACUUUCUGGGAAGUCUUUCUCAUCCCAACCUGGUCAAGUUAUUGGGAUACUGUUGGGAGGAUAAAGAGCUGCUCCUUGUUUAUGAAUUCAUGCAGAGAGGAAGUUUAGAGAAUCAUCUUUUCAGAAGAAAUCCUUCCAUUGAACCAUUGUCUUGGGAUAUUCGGCUUAAAAUUGCAGUUGGAGCAGCUCAAGGACUAGCUUUUCUACAUACUUCAGAGAAGAAAGUUAUUUAUCGAGACUUCAAAGCCUCGAAUAUAUUGCUUGAUGGGUACUUCAAUGCGAAAAUAUCGGAUUUUGGCUUGGCAAAAUUGGGGCCUGCUGGUGGAGAAUCCCAUGUCACAACCAGGGUUAUGGGCACAUAUGGUUAUGCUGCUCCGGAAUAUAUUGCAACAGGUCAUUUGUAUGUGAAGAGUGAUGUUUAUGGCUUUGGAGUUGUGUUAUUGGAACUGUUGACGGGUCUGAGGGCACUUGAUACAAAACGCCCCAACGGAGAGCAAAAUUUGGUUGAUUGGAUGAAGCCAAUGCUCUCUCAGAAGAAGAAGCUGAAAAACAUUAUGGAUGCUCGGAUAGAGGGCCAAUAUUCAACUAAGGCUGCACAACAGGCAGCACAGCUUGCUCUAAAAUGUAUAGAGCAAGAACCUAAAAACCGCCCAUCCAUGAAAGAAGUCGUGGAGAUUUUGGAACACAUAGAAGCAAUUAAGGAAAAACCAAAGAAGUCAGUGUUUAGCUCUUCACGUCCUACUCAACGCAAUGCUCAACAGUCUUCUCAUCGUCGCUCCCCACUUUACUCAAAGCACCCUGUCAAAACAUAGAGCUGGAAAUUGAAUCACACACAAAGGUAACAAGACAGAGCCCAGCAUCUUACAUCGGCACAAAAGCAUGUGUGGCUUUUCUCUUGAAGUUGUAACUUGAUAAACCUUCAUUCUUUUCGCUGUCUAUUUGGAUUGCACCAAAUAUACAUUGACACAAAAGCAUGUCUGCUCUGUGGGAUUACAUAGUAAGACAAGAAAUCUCAAUUGGUCAUUUACCUGCUUUACUUAUUUUUGCAGUGUGCAGGCAGAAAAAUUAAGUAAUCCAUGUGUGUAUAUAUAUAUAUACUUUACAUCAAAGGUUUGAAUGUCAUUUUAAAAUUUUGGCCAUUCAUAAACUUAAUAGUCCCAGAGCUCUCCUUUGCUGAUGUUAUUGAUAUUAUAACUAGUCUAUGUCAAAUUUGAUUUAGAUGUUCUUUUCGUAAAUCCACAUUAUUGCCCAAAGUUGUUACA